AUGGGAUACAAAAUUCUGUGCUUUGGAAUCUUUUGUGUCAUCUUUGCUUAUUAUAUUUAUACACCCAUACCAGAAAACAUUGAAGAAUGCUGGAGAGUGAGGAUGAUAGACGCUGUUGUGAAAACGACUUCACUUGUGGGCACAUUAUUUGAAGAAAUAGGUCUCAUGAAGUAUGAAGACACAUUUUUAACUUUAUCAUCACUUCACCUUUCAAAACCAGUUUCAGAUGAAAACGUAACAGUGAUUGACACAAACUUUAGUGACAUUCCUGUUCGUCUGUACUUGCCAAAAAAGAAGUCUGAAAUAUUGAGACCAGCUAUCAUUUACUUGCAUGGUGGUGCAUUUGUCUUCGGAAGUUGCAAGAUGCAGCCCUAUGAUGAUCUGAACCGAUGGACAGCAAACAAACUUGAUGCUGUUGUUGUGGGAAUAGACUACAGGCUUGCUCCUCAGUAUCCAUUCCCAGCUGCCCUUGAAGACUCUGUUCUUGUGGUCAAGUUCAUUCUCCAGGACAAAAUCCUUGACAAGUAUGGAGUAGAUCCUGCUUGCAUUUGUAUUUCUGGAGACAGUUCUGGGGCUACGUUGGCGGCAGCAGCAACUCAAUUGGUAUGUUGUGUUUCUCUAGAGGUUUGACUAUUCUGCUCUUGGGCUGACAUGCUGUCAACAUGUCUGUUGACAUUACUGCUCCUGUCUGUCAACAGGGUUUCUCCUUGGCUGCUUCUAGUAUUUACAUCUUACUCUAGCAGCUGCACUGGGCACCACAAGUAUACUUCCUUUUACUCUUUGUGUAUCUGACUCUACAUCAGUGAAAUAGCUAAUGAAGUUCUAUGAGGUGGCCUACAAGACAGAUCUAAAAAUAACUCAAGCAUUUACCACAUGGUAUUUGAUAGUCAGAUCAUGUCUUUGCCAGACCACGGCUUUUCUUGGUUGAGGAGACAUUGUUUAGCCAUAUAACUGCAGCACUUUCCUUCCAACAUUUGGGAGGCCAGAAAAUUAAAGAAAGUCUCUUUGUAUCUUUAGAGUUUAAUACUACUCAUAUAUUCCAUGGUAAUAGUUAUAGUCUUCCCCAAAAGUGCAGUGUGACUCCACAAAGGCUGCUAGAAAAGGUAAAAAGCAAAGGUUUGUUAUAGAUCCACUUCUGUGCUCUGCAAUUUCAAAUGCUUCUGGUCAGGUGAGACCUGUUAUCCAUCUACAUGGCCAACAUUGAGACUUGUGAAACUGUUCCUAGGACAGCUCCUAAAUCCUGGACUAACUCAGGCAACAGGAAUUUUUCCAUAAUUGCUAUUUUACAAAAGGCUCUCAGCUGGAGCUCCUGAUCAUCAGAGCUUCUCUGGGAGAUUUGCUAUGUGAUAUUCUGAAAGAGUUUCAAUGCAUUGGUAUCCACUGUUUUAGGUGUCUAAUAAUAAAGAAUAGUGUUAUGAACAUACAGGAUGAAGUACAGACAGAUAUUCCUAUCAUAAAAGUUCAGUAGCUUUAGUACAAUGGGUAUUGAAUGAGGAGACCAAGUGUCUCAGGACUGCAUGGGAAUAAUAACAUUUGGAUCUCAGAUAUUGUUCUUCCCACUCUUUCCCUUUAAGGCUUCAAGUUUAAACAAACAUGUUAUUGUCCUGGCAUUUCUUUCUGCUUCUUUUGAUUGAAACAUGUGGAAAUUUGAAGUACUGCCAAAAGCCAUUAUUCUUGCUCAUUUUUCUAAAAUGUGAAAAAUUUCAUUUAUAAUGUUUUCUACUUUGUAUAAAUGUGUAUACAUAA